AUAAAUUCAACCAAAUGCACACACCUUCAACUUUUUGACGGUUGCUCGGUAACUGCAAACGUUUGUUCUUGCUAUAGAGAAAAACGAACAAGUUGGACAAAGAACAUUAUGAAACAGAUAAAAGACAAUUUUAGAUCUAUUCUACUUGCCUAAUAUACUUCAUAAUAAACAAAAUCAGUUAGUGAAACUGUAGUAGUAAAAAAAGAAUAUCAGAAAGGAAUGAGUUCAGUCGAAAAUGUUUAUGACACAUUUAUGCACAGAUCGUGUCAAAAAAUGUCUCUUAGCAACAGUUUUAAGAAGAAAAGAAAAUGGUAACCAAACCAGAUAUUUACAAAAUCAUAAUAGAUGAGCUUUGUUCAUGAACGUAAAUGAAUAAAUAAAACAAAUAUUUUUUUUAGAAAAAAGAGUUUUAGUGUAUACCACUUAACUAGAAAAAAAGUUCCCCGGCAAGUCUCAGAAAUAACUGUUCGUUUAUUGAGUAUUUUUUUUUUGUGACAGUCAUUCACGUGAUUUGAGGCUAACGAUGGUGGUUUUUUUAUUUUAGAUGACAGAAUUAACAACAGCAAUGCAAGAAGUUGAUAAUCAUGCUAUUGUGACUGAUGCCAAAGUUGUAGCAGAGCCUCCAUCAAUCUUAAACUCUCUACUUGCUCCAACUGAAAAAUCGAAAAAAAAGAAAAAGAAGAAAAAGAAAACUGGUCGUGAAAAAGAACUAGAGAAUUUGGCAAAAUCGAGUAAAAGUCUAUUUAAUUCCUUGGACGAGUUAAAUUUGUUUCUUCGUCGUACACAUCCUGGAAUUAUGAAAAAUAUUGCAGGAAUAAUGGAUUUGUGCCAUUAUAUGGACAAACGUGGCACUGGAAAAUUAACGUAUGAUCAUUUUAAAUUAGUUUUGAAAGAUUUACCGUUACAAAUGACUGCUGUUGAUAUCUAUGCCGUUGCCAAAAUAUUGGAAGAUACUACCAUUGCAACUGACGAUGAAGAUAUCGAUGCUGUUGACUCAAACACAAUGAAUGUUAACUAUACAUUAUUAGAAAAUGGAUUACUCAAAUACAUUAAAACCAAUCCGAUCCCAGAACCAUUUCUUGAAAAGUUCAAUCGUACGAAAGACAAACAACGACCAUUUUAUGAACCAUUUCAAUUGAGUAAUCCAAAAUAUUUUAUUGCCAAUCUUCGUUUAAUAACAUUUGAUAAUUAUAAAGAUUAUCCUGGACAUUUUAAAUUAACAAUUCAAUCUCAUAUAAGUGUUUAUACUUUAGCACAUAUGGUUAUUGAACAUAAUGAUUAUCCAACAAAAGUAUUAAAUUUAUUUCGAGAAAAAGUACGUAAUAAACAUACACUACUUGAUCAAAUGAAAACAUUGGAACAAUGUGGUUAUCAAGGUGGUGAUACUAAUACUUCAGAUAGUUUACCAACAUAUACAAUUUAUUAUGAUUAUAUUCUUGAAGUACGAGAUUGUCCAAUAUUAAAAUGUGAUUAUUAUUUUAAUUCAAGUUCUUAA